GUGACGUUCAGAACAAAAACAAAGCCCACGUGCACCGGAAUUUGUUGUUUUCCGGGGAUUUUUUUGGGCAAUUUGACCAAAACAUUGAGUUUAUUUUGAAGUGAUAAGGAUAAUAUAAAUGUUAAGAUUGCUAUUAAGGCAGAAUAGAGUAGUAUUAUCAGAGGUUCGUUCUUGUGGAUCCUUUGCCCAAAUAAUGUCUGAAGCCAUUGACAAUCGGAAGGCCGAGGUAGGGACUAAAAGGACAAAGGACAUGUCCUACAAAUCCAGGUAUGAGGGUAGCAAAAAGAGGCGGGAAUGGAAGGGAGCAAUUGAAGUGAGUCAGGAAAAGAAGGAAGGUUCGGAACCUUUUGUUAGGAUUAAGAGGAAGAAAUCAGUGAUUUUACUGGGGUAUUCGGGGAAGGAUUACUAUGGGAUGCAGAGGAAUCCCGAUGUGAAAACCGUUGAGCAGGAAUUACUCGCGGCAAUGCUGAAGAAUAAUUGGAUAACAGAGGAAGCUUAUAACUUCCCUCAGAGCAUUGGUUUUCAGAGGGCUGCCCGGACGGACAAGGGAGUGUCCGCUGUGAGACAAUGUGUAUCUCUCAAACUUCCCCUUGACCUCAAUAUUCAGUCCCUAAAUGCAGAUUUACCCAGUCAAAUUCGGGUUUUCGCCGUGAAAACCGUAACCCAGGGAUUCAAUUCGAAGAAUGAUUGCAUGGCCAGAACCUAUACUUACACCCUUCCAACCAUAGCCCUAAGUUCAGAUUCUUCUUCGGAAAGUCCAAUGGAAAAAUUUAGAAUUCCCUCGGAGGUUCUGGAUAAAUUCCGUGAAAUUUUGAAGAUGUUCCAAGGAACAAAGAAUUAUCACAAUUUUACCACAAAGAAAGCUUACUUAGAUCCAUCGUCAAAUCGCUACAUAAUCUCCUUCACAUGCCAGGACCCCUUUGUCGUUGAAGAUGUUGAAUUUGUUGAGCUAAGGGUCAAAGGGCAGAGUUUCAUGAUGCAUCAGAUUCGCAAAAUGGUUGGUUUGGCUCUGGCCAUCAUUCGAGGGCAUCAGGAUGUUAAACUUCUCGAAAAUGCCUUUACACAGACCCGACUGAAUAUCCCAAGAGCUCCCGGACUCGGUCUGGUCCUCGAUACCCUGCACUACGACAGGUAUAAAAGGAGAUACGGAAGCGAUGGGAUCCAUACUCCGUUGACGUGGGAAGAAGUUGAAGAGGAGAUACAGAAAUUUGUCAAAGAGGAAAUUCAUCCGGUGAUAACGGGAACAGAAAUAGCAGAGAAGCCAACGCUGGAUUGGUUGGAGAAUAAAUUGUCCACACAUGAUUUCACAGAUCAAGUCGGCGAAGACAAUGACAGCAAUGACGAAGAUGAGGAUCAGGAAGAGAAACCGGCAGAAAAUUCAGCUCAGGAAUUGACUUCCAAGGAAGAUGUAACGUUGAAAACAGAAUAAAUUAAUAAAAUUUUUGUAGAAAUUAUAAA